AGCUUGGAGAACCUCAUAGAUAUCGACACAGGCGCUGAUCAAGCGACGUCUUGAGAACAGGGCCAAGAGAAACGGCAACACCCAAACUAAAGGACUCAAAGGAAGCAGGUAGAGUACACUGUGGUACUUAUGAUGCAGAUACAAUCCAUGAGUAUACUGGGACAUUGACACGUUCUUUGUUGCAUUGACUCCGUACUCCAGAACAUCGGAUUGGACGUGAAACCAUGAAUCAGAUUUAAGUGCAUAUAUAAAGUCUUGUUUUGUGGUUAUCUACAUCUAUAAUGGGUUAAAAAGUGUACCAACUGUUGCCCUCAUCAUUGUCCUCUCCCACGGUCCAACACUUUAGAGGAUCUGUGUUUACACUCUACAGCAUCUCUGUGAGGCUGAGCUAAAUGCUAAUGUUAGCAUAGUACCUACACUGUUUACAUGCUGAUGUAUAGGUAUUACAUGACUUUUCUGCCAUAGCAAUCAAAGUGAUCUCUAUAAGGCCUCUUCUUUUGGAAACUUACCCCAAUGACGUGAUUGUCGAAACUCUAAUCCAUCAAUAUAUUAUUCCAUCUGUGUAACCUUUCACAGUACCUAGAUAUGUCUAUGAACGUUCUACAAAGAGGUCAAGUCCUUCACAUGUUCACUAUUUCUAUUCUGACUGACUUAUUCAUUCUCAGGCACUACGGUUCCCGAGAGUCCGUGUCCAUACCGGUCAGCGCUUUGGGGAGUUUAGAUCUGAGUGCAGACACCAGCACUGUCAUCAGGCCGGUCCACAGCUCCAUUUUGGGGGAGAAGUAUUGCUUUGAGGUGAUAAACUCUGAGAACACCCACUGCUUUGGAUGCUCUUCAGCUGCCGAACGUGAUCGAUGGAUUGAAGACCUGAGGAGGGCGGCCCAGCCCAACAAGGAUAACAUUGAGCGCACAGAGAACUCCCUGAGUCUGUGGGUAAAUGAAGCGAAGGAUCUGCCAUCCAAACGUAGUUAUUACUGCGAGGUCCACCUGGACGGGACCCUGUUCGCCCGCACCAGCAGCCGAGCCGUCGGCAAGCCGGCUAACCCCUCGAGUCUGGCGGGGGACAACUUCACUGGGUCUUCAGGGGGCCUGGGGGCCAGUGGAGGUGGAGCUGGAGGGUGUCAGUUGUUCUGGGGUGAAUUCUUUGACCUAGACAACCUGCCGUGUGUCUCCCAAAUCACCCUGCACCUCUUCCGAGAAGAAGACCCCAAGAAAAAGCGUCACUCGAGAGACGAAUGCAGCCUGCACCCACUGGGAAGUGUGGCCAUACCGUUAGCUGAGAUACAAAGGAGAACCUAUCAGGAGAAAUGGUAUCCCAUUUCUCCAUACAUGGCCUCGGGCACAGCGGGGAACAAAGACCUGCUGGGUCAACAGGCCUCCCUCCGCAUCAAGGCCCGCUUUCAGAAUUUGCAAGUGCUGCCCAUGGAGAAAUACAAAGAGUUUGCAGAGUAUGUGACGGUGGAUUAUGUGGAAAUGUGCAGAAACCUGGAGCCACUUCUGAAUGUGAAGGAGAAGGAAGAGCUGGCAGGAGCUCUGGUCCACGUGCUGCAGAGCAUUGGCAAAGCCAAGGAGUUCCUCCUUGAUCUGGGCAGUGCAGAGCUCGAGCGUCUCGGAGAGAAGGAGGCAUUGAUCUUCAGAGAGAACACAUUGGCCACUAAAGCCAUCGAUGAAUACAUGAAGCUGGUUGGCCAAAAGUACCUCAUCGUUACUCUAGGGGACUUCAUCACCCGUCUUUACUCCUCGUUGGAGAACUGUGAGGUCGACCCUCUCAAAUGCCCCGCCUCUGAAUUGUCAAACAACCAGAAGCACCUGAUGGAAGCCUGUGAGGAGGUGGUGCAGAAGAUCAUUCAGACCUAUGGACCAUUUCCCGAGGAGUUAAACAAGAUAUUCUCGAGCUGGGUGGAGCUGUGUGAAGACCAGAGCAGACCGGAGAUCGGCCAGCGUCUCAUCUCCGCUUCCCUCUUCCUUCGAUUCUUGUGCCCUGCUAUCCUCAGUCCUUCUCUCUUUGGCCUGACGCAGCCUUACCCAGAGCCCAACACCCUCCGUACCCUCACCUUGACCGCCAAGGUCAUCCAGAAUCUGGCCAACUUUACCCUGUUUGGAGAGAAGGAGGAGUACAUGCUCUUUAUGAAUGAAUUCCUGCAGCAGCACUGGGAUGGAAUGAGAGGUUUUCUACACACAGUGUCGAAUCUAGACACACACAUCCCAAUGUCUUCCUUCGAUGGCUACGUGGAUCUGCCUCUACGCUUGGCUGUGCUUCACGGCCUUCUGGUAGACAUCAUCUAUCCGAGGGACCAGGACACAAUAGAAAAGCUGCACCCUCUGCCGUCGAUUCUGAACCAGAUCAGCGAGUCACUCGGCCCAGAAGCCCGUCGGAUAAUGAUCAGCAGCCAAGUGGGACGAGUCAAACCGGAGUACGUCCCUCCCAGAGACUUGGCCAAGUUCAGCCCUCAUCAACCGUCCCUGCAGCAGCUUCCCCUGGACUCCAAAGGCCCACGAGACGGGGAUGGCAAGAGCCGGAUGAGUGUGAGAGCGAGGAAGCCGGUCACCAGAACUCAGAGUGCUCCCCACAGACGUCCCGCUCAGGCGAAGCUCGCCUUGAAGAGGCAGACGAGCUCUGAAGCUCUGCCGACGGCUGACGACGAGCCCGAGAGGGAGAGCAAGCAGCCGCUCAUCUCCUCACCCAACACCAAGGGCAGUAUGAAGCGUGCACCUGCACCGGUUCCCUGGAUCAAAGUCAGCCACAACGGGGAGUCCAGCACGAUGAAGCCGGAGAACGAGCAGUUCAACGUACUCGAUCGGGUACGUCACGCUGAGGAGCUGGCGGAGCUGCGUCUGGGCGUGGAGCAGGUGACCGAGCGGGAGCUGGACAUGGCCAAGCGCCUGGAGGACUUCAUCAUCCAAAGCCAGGACCAGAAUGCAAUGCUGCAGGCCGAGGUCACCGAGAUCCGGAACGAGUUGGCUGUACGAGAAGAUCAGCUCGCCAGCGCCACCUUCAGGCUGGGUGUGAUCGAGGAGGAGAGGGAGGAAGAUGAGAGGAAGCUAGGCGUCGCUGCUGCUGCAGCCGAGAGGAUGAACGUGCUGGAGGAGCAGCUUGCAGACCUGCUGAAGGACUUCCAGCAGCUCAGUGAGGCCAACAACAACAACAGGCCAGAACAACAACAGCAACUGAACUGACAGGAAUAAUGUGUCACUUCCUUAAAAUCGAAGCUUUUUUUUAUCAAUAUGUUCAUUUUAUGAAAAGUUUUAGAACGGAUUUGAGGGGUCAAACUGUGACGGUCUGCAUCCCAGCUUUCACUGUAAAGAUGCGACGUGACGUAAACCUUUCUGUUCAAUAAAAGAAAUAGGAAAGUG